AUGAGAGAAGAGUCUGUUGUCUUCCUCAAAGGCCUGCUGGUCACACGCCUCAUGCCCUUGUUCUACAUCAAGAAACCAGCUGUGAUCUACAUGUCUCACCUGGUGUGCGUGGACCUGCUCUUCACCCUGCUGCUGCCUCUGAAGAUCCACUACCAGCUGAACGCUUCAGAUUGGGUGUUCGGUGAGGCGUCGUGUCAUGUGCUCAGUGCAGCGUACUACUGCUACAUGUACUGCUCCAUACUGCUGAUGAUGAGCAUGAGUGUGGACAGGCUGCUGGCUGUGGUGUUUCCCAUCGCCUCUCUGACCUGGAGGAGCGCAAGAAAAGCUACAUGUGGUACAGUGCCACUUCUCUUAGUGAGACAAACAUUCAAGAUAAAGGAUGUGGGUGUCACCUGCCAUGACGUACUACGCCAAAAUGACCCUACAGUAGUGUAUUAUGUGUAUUUGUUCUCCAUUCUUUCAUGCCUCUACUUCUUCUUGCCUCUGGUCGUCACCUUUGUGAGCUACUCCACCAUCAUAUAUGCACUUAGUGUAAAAUCUGAUCACUUAGCAACAUCUUCAUCUUCAGACAACAGAAGGAGAGCUUUGAAUAUGGCUAUUGCUGUGCUGAUUGAGUUUGUGGUGUGCUUUGCUUCAACCAAUGGCAUCCUGUUGUACCACUGUGUUCAUUUAGCUAAUGGAGGCCACCGCGAGGGAGAUUCAUCAUAUGCAGCUUACCUGUUGGCUGUGUGUUUGGGGAGCGCAAGUAUUUUUCUGGAUCCUCUGCUGUACUACUACGGCUCGUCUCAAUGCAGAAAGCAAAUCCGCUCUGUGUUUUGGUGCAAUAAAGCAAAAAAGAGAGGAAAAAAUAUAAAAACCUCUCACUGCACUACAGCUGCACAGUAA